GGAGUUGGUCAAGUUAAAACCAAUAAAACUUUCACAAUAAACCAACGGUUUUCUUGAAUCGAGUACAUGUUGUACUAUUUUAUACAGACAAAUACACUUCUUUAUGUAUAUGUAAUGACUCUGGUGAAUAUAUUUCGCUUUCCUUUUAUCUGAAGAACUCCAAACUUCCCUCUUCCAGUUGGAAUUACGUGGCCCAUGACUCUUCCGCUAACAAACAGCGGGUUGUUGAAGAGAUAAGUUCCAAGUGGAUGGAGAACUUCAUCUUGUAUGAGGAGCUUGGGACAGGCAGCAGCUCUGUUGUCUAUAAAGGAAGAAGGAAGGGCCAUCUCAACUAUGUAGCCAUCAUCUGCGCUGACAAAGCCAAGAGACCUAAGAUCACUAACCAUGUACGUCUCAGCCAUGAUCUGGAUCAUCCGAACAUAGUAUGCUUCUAUGAAUGGUAUGAGACAAGUAACCACCUCUGGUUGGUCGUGGAGCUCUGCACAGGUGGUUCCCUGGAGUCUGUAAUUGGCCAUGAUGGAUGUCUGUCGGAAGAUGUGGUGAGGCGGUUUGGAUGGGACUUGGUCAAAGGACUGAAACACAUUCAUGAAUCUGGAAUCAUUUUCUCUGACUUGACCCCUGCUAAGAUCCUACUGGAUGGUAGUGGCAUUCUGAAGUUUGGUAACUUCUGUCUGUCCAAGGCAGAGGGAGAGACACUGAAUGAUUUCUUUACCUUGCUCUCUAUAUCUGAGGAGGCAGGGGAAGGAGAUAAAAUGAAGAAUUUGGACAAUAUGAGGAAAAAAUUACAAGGUUCUCCAACUUACAGCGCUCCAGAGGUUUUGCAGGGAUCAGAAACCAAUAUGAGCUCUGAUCUCUGGGCUAUAGGUUGCAUACUCUACUAUAUGUACACUGGCAAACCUCCAUUCUAUUCAGAUAGCUGCACUGAACUGACAGAGAUGAUUUUACAUCAGGAACCACCACCUCCCAGACAGACAGUGUUUUCAGCCAGUCCUCCCAGUGAGGACUUCCAGAAUCUUCUGAAGGGCUUGCUCAACAAAAACCCAGAUAAGAGGAUGGACUGGCCAGAGUUGCUGGACCACCCUUUCUGGACACAAGUACUAAAGGAGGAAGAGAGAAAAGAGGAAGAGGAGGGCGAACAAGGGGAUCAGGAGGAAACAAAUGGCUGUGAGGGGGUUGGUUCAUCUAGCUUGAGACACACAAGGAUCCCUGACCCUUUCCCUCCAGGACAGGCAGCUGAGCUUUCAAACAUCCACUCGGCAAUCACCCAGCCAGCCCAUAGGAUUUCUAAGAAAAUAAUCUCAUCACAGAUGACAACUGCAACAACUGACAGGCCAUCUGACAGAAGGACUGAUUGCCAACGAGCUGUCAGACACACAACCUGUGGAGCCUUCAGGAACAGCCAAGGCUUGGAUAGGGAGGUGGGAAAGGAGAGAGGAGGAGAGGGGGAGGCAAAGACAGAAGAUGAACCCAAGCUAACUGGGGCCCAGCAGAUAUGCCACACACUGCAGCCCAAUAAGUCAUUCACACUAGAUAACGUAUCAGAGUUCAGGCCAAAGAGUGGUGUGGAUGAGGACAACACUGAGGCCAUUUUUCUGCUCAGCUCCCGUGCCAACUCAAGGAGAAGCUGCAGUAUCUCAGACUCUCCAAACCAGACCCCUGCACCUCAGGCCAAUACUGCUACUGACAUCACAUCCUGUGUGAAGGCUCUUCUUCAUACCGACUCUGAUCUGACUGUCACCCCAAUCAUGGACAACCCCAAGAUACUUAAGAGUCCUCCUGUGCGAUUUGAUCCCAAAACCCUUUGUGUACCAGCAUAUUCAGUUGAGAAGCUGCAGUCCAUGAGUGAUGCAGAGUGGACUGUCUUCCUCUUACAGCUCCAUUCAUCUUUUGAAGAACAGAACCUCUCUGCUGCUCCUCCUUCCUCCACAGCCACUCGCUCCAGACUCAACCUGCUGUGCUACCUCUGCUGUGUGGUUGGACAUAAAGUUAUUGCUAACAGGCUGAUUAACUCAUCACUGCUUCCAGUAUUGACCCAGCAAUUACGACAAGCUCCUAACUGGGAUGUACGGAGCAAGGUUCUCAGAGUGAUGGGUCUACUGGCUCUGCACUGUACGGAACUUGGAGAGGACAGUCCUGUUUCUGAGGUGGUGUCCACAUUAACAGACCUGUUGAGAGAGAACCUGAGAAAUUGUAAAGUAAAGCAGUUCCUUCUGCCGCCACUCGGGGAGUUCCUCCACCUCAUCGCCUCUCAGGAGGAGAAGAGAGGCUCCCCAGAGGUACUGUGGUUCGUUCCCGCUGCCGCCUACACUGGCUUAAUGAGGAGCCUGCGGGAAGGGGAUGAUUCCAUAGUUCAUCACAUGGCUGCAAAAGCUAUAGAGAACAUCUCCACCACUGUCUCUGGCCCCUCCCACCACCUGGUUACCACAGAGAUAGGCUCCGCCCUGUGGUACCUGUUCACUCACUCCUCUGUGGAGGCUGUCAGGGUCACUGCCAUCUCCUCUCUUUCUCGGCUAACCCGGGUGGUCCCAGCAGUCUUCUCGGCAGUGAUUGACACCUGUGGCCCUGUGGCCAUCUUGGAGGGCUUGGGUGGAGCAGGGGCCAGGGUCCAGCAGCACCUGCUCACUGCUAUGGCUACUGCCCUAUUCACCUCACGUAUCCAAACGCACCGCGUCACACAGAGCAAGGAUUUGGUGUUGAAGGUGCUGCGCUGUCUAGAAAGUCCAUCCACAGUAACAAGAGCCAAAGCAUUACUACUACUACUGCUACUAAUACAGGACAACAGACACACACUACUUUACUGCUGUCAACACAGACUUGUGAUGUACCUGGAGAGAGACCUGCGCAAAGCCACUCCCCUCAGAGAGAACCCCAGCCAAUCAGGAUACCUGUCUCAGUGUCUGGAUUUACUGAUUGUAUAUCUGAGUAGCACUGCACCACUGAUACUGGAGGAUGUCUUAUGUGCAUUACGAGGUGUGAUCGGAAGGAGACACCCAUCUACAUCUCAGAGUAGACAGCUUAAACAAACUCUGCCUACAAUGUCUGCAGUGCUGGAACUCGUUUCAUCACAGGUCUUUAGAUCUCAAAUUGUAACUGAAGAGUUUCUAGCUCAAAUUGGAUUGCUGCUGAACUAUAUCACCUCUAUAGAGUCCAAUGAAACAAAUCUGACCAGUGCUUUGGGUGCAGCAGUAUGUGAGGAGUUGAUUAGGACAUCUCUGUCCAUUGUGGAAGUCCUGAGUCAGCACCAUGCUCUCACCACUCCACAUCAUAGUGCUGUUGUGGAUGCUAUCCUUCCUCCUCUGACAACACUGGCUUUCAGCAGAAAUGUGGAGUGGUCUGUGUUUGUUUUGAGGGUGCUGUCCGAACUCAGUCUUAUCCUGCUAGUCCAGGUGAGUGAUGGAACUGAGGAAGAUGAGGAAACAAAGGAAAAGAAAGAGAGAAGAGAGGAAGGAGGAAGACCAGCAGAAGGAAGCGAUGAUAGAAGCUCCUGUAGUCAAAUCUUAGCUCUCAUCACUAAAUCUCUGCUUCCAAGGUAUGAGUCUCUUCUUCGAGCAUCAGAGCCUAUCCCACUCUACGCACUCAAACUUCUGGUAUCGAUGACUGAACACAGCACGCAGAUCUGCAGGUUGAUCAAACACAGUAGGAUCCUACCAUCAGUCUUUCAACUCAUUAUGGCUAACAUUAGUAAUGUUACCAGUGGGAUGGUCCAGAAUGCAGUUGCCUUGCUGUGUAAUCUUAGUGGAGACACAGUCUUGGACCUGGAGCCACAAUACCAACAAGGCCUAAUAGAGGUGGUGGUGAGCACCCUCACGGAAGCUGCACUAGUCCAGCUGGAUGGAGAGGGGCAUGCUGUGAGGAAGGUCAGCCAUCUUGUGUUACAAGCCCUUCUGGAACUGCUUCACAACAUCCUAAAACAAACAUCUGUUGUUGUCCGCUCCGCACUGCAGAGCCAGAGGGUAUCUUGUCCAGCAGUAGUGAUGGAUGCAGCAGAGAAGCUGCUCCUGGAAAACCGACCCCUGAGCCAACUUAGCACACACCUCAUUCACAUGCUGUCGGCUGAAAACCAGGAGGUUUGGGAGGAAUCUAUUCAGUGUCUGUCCCUACUGGUCCAGCUGUAUGGAGGGGAGGGUUAUGACUGCCUGUCACCUUCCUGUUUGCAAAACUUUACACACGUGCUACGCACACACAUGCACAUCAGGACCCCCCGAAUCCAACGCACAACACUUAGGAUCAUCAAACGACUGGUGCAGACUACAGAGCGAUCUGACUGGUCAGAAUGUCCCGAAGGGGCGGGGCUAAUGAGUUUACUGCAGGAUAUAACUACAUCCAACAGGUGUCAUGCCGAUGUGGUUCCACUGGCUGCUGAAGUCCUCCAGGAGAUCUCUGGAUCCUAAAAAAGCUUUUAAUCGUCAAACCUUAAGUAAACCAGAACUAUUUCACAACUUAUGAUUGGUAGUCUGCUUUUUAGAAUUUCUCUCCGUCUUCAGGUAACCAUUCUCUGAAUAAUCAGCUAGAGCAUUGUUCUUUCAAAAUGUUGUCAGUUUUGAAAUAAAAUAUCUUUAGACAUUUGUUA